AUGUUAUCGCUAUACCUACGUAAAUGGAUUGAAGUAAUGAAUUUAGGCAAGGAAGUGAGCGGAAGCAGUGACGGGUUUUCUGAAAAAGGAGAAAACCGGGAGGUGGUUUUCGUCACUGAUGCCCCUGCAGAUCAUUCGAAACGUAAACGUUAUUUGACUGCAAAAUACGAUAGGAGGACUCGUCAAAAAAUUAGCGAAAAGAUUCGUCUUGAAAAUUUUGUUUUCGAACAUCUUCGUAAUCUCUAUUGCACAGAGGUCGAUGACUACGAUUGUGAUAUCGAUCUGGAUGAAAUAAGUGAUCUUAAGACAAAUGAUGAGAAAGUGCGAAAUUUGAAAGAAAAGCUAAAGUCCUGUCCGGCUAAACAGGAACAAAUCGAUAACUAAAAUGAUAGAAACUAUAUUAAAAUUUAUCCAUAUAUGGGUUGUACAAUGAACUUAUUAAGUAAUUAUUUCUCAGAAGGGUAAAAUUUGGUUAAUUUUCGCAGAACAUGGAUAACAGUUAAAUACAAUACUACUCAUUCAGAACAUAGAAGUCAUCAAAAUAUUUCUAAUGGAAAACUUGUCGGACCACAAGCUUUUUAUCAAACAUUUAUUUUAAUCACGAAACGAUGUUAUGGGUGAAUUUUAAACUAAAUUGUUUAUUAUUUUUCGUUUAGUUUUGUCGAUAAUGUUUGCUUGUGGUUAUCAAACUUUCUAAGUAUUAUUUCGUUUAAUGAGACUUACCAAUUACAAAUCCAGGUACCCCGAGAUAAGUUUUACUUGUUAGAGCUUGAAAGUCUGUUCGGUUAUUCGAGGCGAAUGAGGCUAAUUAGGGUCUAAACCUGCAACCCAUAGAUGGAAAGUCUACUGCUCUAGAUAUUAAGUUUGCUGUUUUUGCUUGGACUGUCAUUUUAAGACAAUUCAGUCGUAAGUUAUUAAAAAAUGUAGAAAGCAGUGCCACUAUUUCAUCAGCGGCCGUGAGCGUCACACAAGAUAAUGCCUUCUUCAUUUUGAUUUUUAUCAUCUAAUUCUAUCUUACCAUAAUUUGAAGACUACUAGUAGUGAGGAAUUUUUAAGAAAAUUAGUUCGUCAUGUAUUUUGCAUAACAUUUUUGUUAUAAUAUCACAACAUCAUGAGUGAACUAGAAUGGUCUGCAAACAGAGUCAUCUGAACAGAAAUAUCAUACAGUUAAUUCAUUUCGCAAGAUUCAACGAAUCAAGAACUUCAAUGUUAACAAAAUAUUCCUCUUUGAAAAUUAAAAGAUGAAGAGUCUGUCAAGAAAUAUUGAAAUUGCA